AUGCUUAGUGUAAAACCAGAUACACCUCACAGAAAGGCAUCUAAUUCAUGUAAAAAAAUAUUAAAUGAUAUGAUUGCGUGUUAUCAAAAUACUAUAUGUUAUAAAAAGGAGAAUUCAUCUUUUAUUGAUUGCUUGCAUAAUCACAACUUAGAUGAAAUUGAUGAAAACUGUAUUAUUUUAAGAAAAGCUUAUGCACAGUGUCGUCGUAAUUUAUUAAAUGGGAACUUUAAAAUGCUAGGUAAUCCUUUAUCAAGAUAA